CUUCCCCUGUCUAACCACCAUUCAUGUGUCUCUCUCCUGCUGUGUGUGUGUGUGAGUGUUUCAGUGGAUGAGACACUGGUGAGACUGGUGAAUGGAUCAGGCCCUCACGAGGGGAGAGUGGAGGUGUUCCACGAGAGGCGCUGGGGAACAGUGUGUGACGACGUCUGGGACAAGAAGGACGGCGACGUGGUCUGCAGGAUGCUUGGCUACACAGGAGCCUUCGAGAUCCAUAAAACAGGCCGGUUUGGACAAGGUAACCCAGCUAGCACUUUUGGUUCCUUGGAAGUUGUGGGAAUGUAAGUUUUUGGUUUCCCAUUAGUUCUGGGAACAAAGCAAUAAGUUUCCUGAAUGGUAAAACUGAAGGUUUUUAAACGUUCUGAGAACAGAAGUGAACAUUUUGCCUGUUCCUGGAACGUUAAUUUUUAGGUUGCAGGGAGGUUCUGAGAACAUUUUACUAUGGUUCCAUGAAAGUUUUCCUCUGAGGUUUUAUUAACGUUCUGCGAUAGUAAAUUAUAGGUUAUAUUGAGGUUUUUUAAUAACUUCCUUAAAACUUUCACUGAAUGUUUCAAUAAGACUUUUAAUAACACUGCUAGAUAGUUUGGGUUAACUGUUUUGAACUCCAAGCACAGAUAGCACACAUGGAAAUUAAUUUGCUUAGGCAUUAAUUAAUCAUGCAAACACAUUUCUUUUUUAUUGUGGCCCGGCAUCAGUGAGAUUCAAACCUAUGAUCUUCUGUUCGCUAACAUGGAUUGUAACCAAAAUAAUUUUCCCAUACGUUCAUUCACAGACCAUUAGUCUUUUUGUUGCGUUCACGGUUCGACCUGCAAAAUAAAUCAGAACGGACUGGUUUGGUGUGUUACAGUGGGGACCAUGAAUAGGAUUCAGUUGGUGAUUGGGGCACCAAGUGAACUUUGAAGCUCUCAAAGGACACUACGGGUAGCCCCGGGUCGAAGAAUGGUGAUGCGGCGCUGCUCAGUCCUCUUUUUUUUCCUGGUUAGUUCAACAAUCAAUCCUGUGUCUUGGGUCCCUUGCAUGUUUGAUCUGAUGCAGGACUGAUGAAAUCUCUUUUUUAGUUCUGAGGGGAAUGGUGUCAUUACGCUCGGGUUUAAAUACGUUCACCCAAUCAGUGCCGAUAGAGCAGCUCUGCUAUGGGGAGCGGAGCAAGCUAAAGCUUGCUAUGGACGGCAGCUAUAGAACGUAACAAUGUUAUUAACUGGUUACCAUGCUUUUAAAAUAAUGGUUCUGUUCUGGAACAGUAGAGAUCACUUUCGUUUCCAUUUCUGAUUCUGUUCCUCCAAUUUGUUUUAGUUUUUUCGGGUAAUCGGUUCUGUUCCCAGAAACGAUUCCAACCCCUGGCUAGCAUGCCAUGUUUUAUUUACUCAUACAAAGCUAUUCAUUUUAGUCUAUUCAAACAGACCCCAUUUCAAAGGAAACAAGCUCUCAUUCAGAUCAGGGUAAUUUAGUGGACCUGAACACACUUAACAAGAUAGAGGAUAGAGAGAGUUUUGUUGACACUGAGAACGGAGUGUAUAUGUUUUUAAAUAACAUUCUUAGAACGUUCUUUGAACGUUACUAAUGUUAUCUUGUGGUUUUUACAUUUUACAGAAAGGUUUUUUAAUGUUCUGAGAACAUGACUUUAAAUAGAACCAUGAGGAAACCUGGUGGAAAUGUUAUGUUGAAGUAUUGAAAUUCCCACAGGAAAACGUUGUUUCUUAAUGUUCUCUGAACUAUUUGAGAACAUUCCCAAUGUCAAGCCAGUUGGAGAACGUUCCUAGAACGUUGCCAAAAAUGUAAUCAAAUGUAAACAUGUUUGAACUUUUAGGAAACGUUCUGUUAAAGUAAUGAAAUACCAAGAAAAUAACGUUAUUUUGUCAAGUUCCUUAAAUGUGCUGAGAAUGUUCCAAAGCCAAGCAACUAUCCUGCACAAUUCCCAGAAAGUUCUGGGAAGGUUGUAUGCAAAAUAACCAUAGGACAACCACACUCUCACCAAGCUCUAAGAAACAUAUGGUUCUCAGAACGUUAUGUGCUAGCUGGGAAGCCACUUUUCAGUUUAUCUCCAUCUAGUUAUAAUAAUAUAAUAAUAAUAUGCCAUUUAGCAGACGCUUUUAUCCAAAGCGACUUACAGUCAUGCGUGCAUAAAUGUUUUUGUGUAUGGGUGGUCCCGGGGAUCGGAACCCACUACCUUUGGCGUUAUAAGCGCCGUGCUCUACCAGCUGAGCUACAGAGGUACAGUACAGACGCUGUGAUAAACUUGUUUCGUGGAGGUAGAUUAUGAUUUUUACCAUUUGUUUUUGUAGUAUUAGAAUACUACUGAGAUUCAUAUAAGUUUAUAUGGAAAAUCAUAGGAGCCAGAUACCAUCAAAAGAGUCCCAGUGGUAAUAUCCAUCUGUUUCCUCUAUGACCUUAUUUCAACAACCAUCAUUACAUCACACACACACACACACACACACACACACACACACACACCUCUGUUAGGUCCAAUCGACAUAUUAUGGUGUAUUAAUAUUAUUUAUUUAUGGGAAAACUAAUUCCAAGAGCCAUGCUUUAAAAUGAAUUAUAAUUCACAUUGGCUUUAUGUUAUUUGAGGACGAAUGAAACAAUUGUAAAUGUGUCUUUCAUAGACCCUAUUUGUGAAGCUACAUUUAGUAAAAUCUUUCCAGUUUCUUUACUCUUGACAAAUAUAUUUGAUGUGAUGUAUCAAUAAUUAAGUUAGAGACGACAUUGUACAUCACUGCAUGGUCAGUCCAAUAAAUAAUUCUGAAAAUAAGUGUUAAGAGCUGGGAUAAACCAGUUUAGGAGGCAUGUCUUGUUAAAAUAAACCCAGCAGUGUUGUGUCAGCCUCUGAACAUCUGUGCUGAGUGUACACUAUACUGGCCCUGGCAAAGUUUCCUUUUCAAGUUUGCUUCAUGUUCAUGCUGCACUCAAGAUGUUUCAGUUAUUCAAUGUAAUGUAGUUGGUUGUGCUUGGACUCUUCUCUUAUGGUGCUAAAUGUGGUAGAAAGACCUUUGAGCAGAACUCUGAUCACACAGACUGUGUUCGCCAACAUUCGAAGGGAAAAUAUUGCUCACACUUAAAGUUCAAAAUGUUUCUGUGAACAAACGGAUAGAAUAGGCCUACGUGGUUGUGGUCCCUUCUCGACAAUACAGUUGGACAUAAAGUAUAUGGAAAACAAUAUGGUAUGAUAUUUACUUUCACAUCCUGUUCUUAAACAUGAAAGGGACUCAUUUGAGCAUUAGUGAUAUUACUUCUUUGGAGGCAUCUCUCCCUUUACUCUACUAUCUCUUCUUUUACUCUACUCCUAUCUCUCCCUUUACUCUACUCCUAUCUCUCUCUUUACUCUACUCCUAUCUAUCCCUUUACUCUACUCCUAUCUCUCCCUCUACUCCUAUCUCUCUCUUUACUCUACUCCUAUCUAUCCCUUACUCUAACUCCUAUCUUAAUCCAUUUACUCACCCUAUCUCUCCCUUUACUCUACUCAUAUCUCUCUCUUUACUCUACUCCUAUCUCUCCCUCUACUCCUAUCUCUCUCUUUAAUUGCUGAAAUUGAGACAUUACUACCUAACUACACACAGAAUUCUCAUUACAGACCUCUAUUUAUAUACGUUAUAUCAGACCAGCCCUGACGUUAAACGGUUUGAUGGUCUAGUCUGCUAGCUCCAACCAGAGCAGGAUAUAUUGAUAUUAUGUUGGCCUCUAAUGAUCUUUCAUCAAAUCUGUCUAUUAAUCCCCUCACCAGUACCCAGCCUCUGAUUGGUCUAUGGGAGGAGGCCCACACGCAUGUCUGUAAACUCUCAUCAUAGAGUAAAAAAAGUUAAUGUCUGAUUCAGGUUUAUAAAACCAUAUUGUGCUUUUUGUGCUUGUUAUUUUGCCAGCAUUCAAAUAUAACCCUGAAGAAAUCUGAUUCAAAUGUGGAAUAAGACAGACGUGCUUAUGCUAAUGGUAACUUUGUGGGAACCUUUGAGGAGACAGAGACAUUCAUAUGACAUAUUGCAUCUUAAAAACAUAUACAGUGGGGAAAAAAAGUAUUUAGUCAGCCACCAAUUGUGCAAGUUCUCCCACUUAAAAAGAUGAGAGAGGCCUGUAAUUUUCAUCAUAGGUACACGUCAACUAUGACAGACAAAUUGAGGAAAAAAAAUCCAGAAAAUCCCAUUGUAGGAUUUUUAAUGAAUUUAUUUGCAAAUUAUGGUGGAAAAUAAGUAUUUGGUCACCUACAAACAAGCAAGAUUUCUGGCUCUCACAGACCUGUAACUUCUUCUUUAAGAGGCUCCUCUGUCCUCCACUCGCUACCUGUAUUAAUGGCACCUGUUUGAACUUGUUAUCAGUAUAAAAGACACCUGUCCACAACCUCAAACAGUCACACUCCAAACUUCACAAUGGCCAAGACCAAAGAGCUGUCAAAGGACACCAAAAACAAAAUUGUAGACCUGCACCAGGCUGGGAAGACUGAAUCUGCAAUAGGUAAGCAGCUUGGUUUGAAGAAAUCAACUGUGGGAGCAAUUAUUAGGAAAUGGAAGACAUACAAGACCACUGAUAAUCUCCCUCGAUCUGGGGCUCCACGCAAGAUCUCACCCCGUGGGGUCAAAAUGAUCACAAGAACGGUGAGCAAAAAUCCCAGAACCACACGGGGGGACCUAGUGAAUGACCUGCAGAGAGCUGGGACCAAAGUAACAAAGCCAACCAUCAGUAACACACUACGCCGCCAGGGACUCAAAUCCUGCAGUGCGAGACGUGUCCCCCUGCUUAAGCCAGUACAUGUCCAGGCCCGUCUGAAGUGCAUUUGGAUGAUCCAGAAGAGGAUUGGGAGAAUGUCAUAUGGUCAGAUGAAACCAAAAUAUAACUUUUUGGUAAAAACUCAACUCGUCAUGUUUGGAGGACAAAGAAUGCUGAGUUGCAUCCAAAGAACACCAUACCUACUGUGAAGCAUGGGGUUGGAAACAUCAUGCUUUGGGGCUGUUUUUCUGCAAAGGGACCAGGACGACUGAUCCGUGUAAAGGAAAGAAUGAAUGGGGCCAUGUAUUGUGAGAUUUUGAGUGAAACCCUCCUUCCAUCAGCAAGGGCAUUGAAGAUGAAACGUGGCUGGGUCUUUCAGCAUGACAAUGAUCCCAAACACACCGCCCGGGCAACGAAGGAGUGGCUUCGUAAGAAGCAUUUCAAGGUCCUGGAGUGGCCUAGCCAGUCUCCAGAUCUCAACCCCAUAGAAAAUCUUUGGAGGGAGUUGAAAGUCUGUGUUGCCCAGCGACAGCCCCAAAACAUCACUGCUCUAGAGGAGAUCUGCAUGGAGGAAUGGGCCAAAAUACCAGCAACAGUGUGUGAAAACCUUGUGAAGACUUACAGAAAACGUUUGACCUGUGUCAUUGCCAACAAAGGGUAUAUAACAAAGUAUUGAGAAACUUUUGUUAUUGACCAAAUACUUAUUUUCCACCAUCAUAUGCCAAUAAAUUCAUUAAAAAUCCUACAAUGUGAUUUUCUGGAUUUUUUUUUCUCAUUUUGUCUGUCAUAGUUGACGUGUACCUAUGAUGAAAAUUACAGGCCUCUCUCAUCUUUUUAAGUGGGAGAACUUGCACAAUUGGUGGCUGACUAAAUACUUUUUUUCCCCACUGUAUUAUGUGGAUAUGUUUGAUAUACUGUAUAUAUAGUGUAUCUGUGUGGUUUUCCUGCAUGUAUAUUAGCCCUUGUUAUAAAUAAAACCAAGUUGGGUUAUGUUAGGCAUAUAUUUACAUUUACAUUUAAGUCAUUUAGCAGACGACUUACAAAUUGGUGCAUUCAACUUAGGAUAGCCAGUGGGACAACCACAUCUUGAUCACAGUAAGUACACUUCUUCAAACAAGCAGCUGUGAGCAAAGUCAGUGCAUAUUCAGUGUCCCAGGUGUGUGGGUGACUUGAUCAGGGUUAUUGAUCAGACUGAAACGUGAAUGGAUUAAGUUAAUAACCUUUAACUGCAGUGGGGUAAAUCAGGGUCACACAGUGUGUUUCUUGGUAGUCUUAAACAAAACUGCUUUGAAACAAAAGUAUACACCUCACACACAUGGCUAUGGGCUUUUAAAAAAGAAGACACUUGUACCAUGUCAGAUAUAGAGUUGAAAUGUAUUCCAUUUUGAGUUUGCAUCCCAAUAUUAAACUUUAUAUACAUCACAGAAGACUGAAAUAUAACAAAACUGUCUGACAUAGAAACACAGGAUUUUCAGUGUUUUUUAACAUUUAAAUAAUGUUUAUUAAUUAUGAAAAAUAUGAAUAUCAUUCCACCCAUGAGGCCACUAGGUCAUUUGACUACAGGAAAGGGGUUGCUACUACAGGUCUGUCUGUGGCCUGGGGUGCUGUAGCAGUUGAAGCUGUUACCUCCAGAACACAUGUAUGUAGCCAUGCUAGCAUGGGUUCCAAUCAGACCCACUGCUCUUCUGGCAAACUCUCUCCCUCCAUCUUUCCUGUUUUACUCACUACCCUAUCCAGUAACAUUCUCACUGGGUUAUUUUAGGUUAUUUACAAAACAUGUACAAAUAUGAAAGGAGUGGGAAAUUAAUUAUCACAGAGAGAAUAGAUUAAUUAUUACAUGAGUGAAGAUUCUAUGUAUUUUAUUUAUGUUAGUGAACUUCUCAAACCUGCUUAUUUGGCAAGUAAUGUAAUUUAGAUCCCAAAAAGAGCACAGUGGUAGAACAAUAGACAGAGUGUAAUACCAUCCGGUCCUUAAGCACCCAAAUGCAUUCCCAUCAGAUUUACAUACCGAUUGAUGACGUGACCUUUUUUCUCAAAGCGCAUGAACUCAUCAUGAACAAUGGAAUUCCUAAGGUGUAUUCAUAUGUUGGACAUUCAUUUUGCACAUCAUUCUUCAGACAGCAAUAAUUCAUUAAGCCAUCCCGGAGAUCUUGACUGGGUCUUGAAAUAAUUUUCAUUUAGACCAAGAAGCAGGCACUGGGGGGUGGUGUCUUAUGUGUUUGUCAGCCUCCCAGCUCUGUCUUCAAUGUAAUUGAUACCACAAUAAACCCUGUUUCAGACUGAGGUUCCAUGCCAGAGGUCCCCUCUCGUGGUGCUUGGCUACCCUACCUGGUGCCUGUGGACAGGGGAGAGGAGAGACUUGCUCCAGUCUCCAGAACCUCUGUGUUUGUGGAGACACGGUGUGCUCUCAUCCCUCUGCCAGAUAUCUGCCGCACAUUAACACUUCCAAGGGCUCUCAGAGGAGACUGGUGUGAUGAAUAACUCUGCAGACUGAGGGGCUAGGAGAGCUAGGAGAGGAGCCUGAGUAUGACCAGACCAGACUCUGCUAUCACACUCGCUUCACUUCAGAUAACGGCUGUCAUUUGAGAGGAAAAACAAUAGAACAUCAGAGCCUGAUACUUGGCUGCCCCCAUGCAACUCCCUCCCUCUAUAUACCUCCUUUAUCAUCUCAGUUGAAAACCAUAUGUUUCUGUAAGUACUAAGUACUGGAGUGAUGUGCACUGUCAGGUAAAUCUUGAAGAAAGUGUUUAUGCUCUCUCUCGCUCUCUCUCUCUAUUUCGCUCACUCUCUCUCUCUCACUAUCUCUCUCUUUUCUCUCUCUUCUCUUUCUCCUCUCUCUCUCUCUCAUUAGUAUACAAAUAUAUCUCCCUGUCUAUUUCUACAGGUACUGGGCUCAUCUGGAUGGAUGAUGUGGCCUGUGUUGGGAAUGAAGACACCAUCCACCAGUGCAAGUUCUCAGGCUGGGGCAAGACCAACUGUGGGCAUGUGGAGGACGCGGGGGUGACAUGCAACACCUAA